GUACGUCUUCGUUUGGCCUCCGUAUUGUAUUGGUAUUGCUUCGCUCUUUUGGUCUUCGCUCACGACGGGAGGGGAGGAUUGGUCUGCUGGAAGACCGCAAGGUCACCUGAUACAUGGAGCAAGUGUGUUUUUUGUUACAUUCUAUUAAGUGCCGAGUUUUAUCUCUUGAUGGAGUUAUUGACUGGAGGCUUUCUGUGCAUGGAGCCUUCCUUCUCAUCUUUUUCAUCAACUGCACAUAGAAGCUUGCUACUGUUCUACGACCUUCAAAGGCGGCCAUGCAGCUUUUUUUUCUGAUGUUGGGGUAGUGUUAAUAGUGCAGCCUUGUAAGCUGACUUUGCUGCACGCAAGGUCUUCAUCCUAUCAACAGCUUUUGGCGUAUCCAUCUUUCUUUAAGUUGUCAACGCAGCUUAAGUUAUCAUGAUCCUAUUGCACAAGGAUAACAGUGCUGGUGUCAUUUCCACCAUAUCUGAUCCUACUUCGUCACCGUUCCAUCCAUUGGAUCUUGUUUUUUGAGUUCCAUUGGAGGUCAUGUAUGCCUUUAAUCGAGCAUGAAUCAACAAUGGGUCCUAAAUCGGUUAGGUAUCUACAUAAGUCAUGCUUGACUCUUGCACUUAUCAAGUGAUGACUGAUACCAUUAAUAUACUACAGGAAAGAUUUUGUUGCUCACACCUUUUGCCUAGUGCAACGGGAUGUAAAUGUUUGUCCAGGAACUAUAACGACAAGCAUAGACAAAAUAGUUUUUCUGAGUUAGUCCAUCAGGAUGAUUCUAUGCCCCCCCAUCGUCUUUGAAGUUUUGCCUAGUGUUUCCUUGUCCUCAGAAGUUCAUUUCAAUCACAAGUGUUUCAUCAGGUGUGAAAUAUACAUUGUGCAUAGGCACCCUUCUCUUGAAUAAGACAGACUGUAGUGAUUAUAUAUUCAGCAAAAGAUGGAAAGGUACAGGGUAGCCAAGGAAGUCGGAGAUGGAACCUUUGGGACUGUUUGGCAAGCAAUAAACAAACAAAGUGGUGAAGUGGUUGCUAUUAAGAAAAUGAAAAUAAAGUACUACUCCUGGGAAGAAUGCUUAAAUCUCCGGGAAGUUAAGUCUCUGCGAAGGCUGAACCAUCCGAAUAUCAUCAAGCUCAAGGAAGUCAUUAGAGAGAAUGAUACGUUGUACCUAGUGUUCGAGUACAUGGAGUGCAAUCUUUAUCAACUUAUGAAAAAAAGGGGCAAGCCCUUCACAGAGGUUGAAAUCCGGAAUUGGUGCUUUCAGAUAUUUCAAGCUCUGGCUUAUAUGCACCAACGUGGUUAUUUCCAUCGUGAUCUGAAGCCUGAGAACAUACUGGUAACAAAGAACAUUCUAAAGAUCGCAGAUUUUGGCCUUGCUCGUGAAGCCUCUUCAAAGCCACCAUUCACAGAAUAUGUCUCCACACGCUGGUACCGAGCCCCAGAAGUUUUGCUUCAAUCUUCUGUUUAUGAUUUUGCAGUUGAUAUGUGGGCAAUGGGAGCUAUCAUCGCUGAGCUUUUCACACUCUGUCCCCUUUUUCCUGGAUCGAGUGAGGCAGAUGAGAUCUACAAAAUUUGCAGCGUCAUUGGACCUCCUAAUAGGAACUCCUGGGCUAAAGGAUUGCAACUUGCAGAUGCUAUUAAAUUUCAGUUCCCACAGUUAGCGAGUGUUCCUCUUUCUCUGCUAAUUCCUUCAGCCAGCCAGGAUGCAGUAAACCUCAUCUCGUCUCUUUGUUCUUGGGAUCCCAGUAGAAGGCCCACAUCUGUAGAGGUCCUUCAACAUUCUUUCUUCCAGCCGUGCUUCUACAUCCCACCAUCCCCUCGUGUUAGGUUAUCAGUGGGAGCACCAAAAACAUCUCCAUCUGUUAUCAUGAAAGGAGUUUUAGAAUCAGAGGCUGCUAGAAGAUAUUCUCUGGAUUUUUUGUCCAAUGCAAGAAUGUCGAGCAAUUUAUCAUUUACAAAUGUAAAUGAGUCCUCAAGGACAGGUGUUCAAAGGAAUAUCAAGAUGAGUCACCAGGAAAACAAGAAUGAAAGAUUUGAUACAAAUGAUAUUAAACCAUAUAGACAUCAACCAGCUGCAAGAAACACUCCUGGAUAUUCCCGAAUGACUUGUAAUGUGGUUGAGAAACUGGCUCACUUGACGGUGAGUCCAAACAGAGAUUCACAUAUUGCUGGGAAAGCACCAAAUCUGAACCUGCGUCCAGCGAGGGAGCCAUCUCAGCUAGUGACACAGCCUCCUGCCUUGAAAUCUGGUAUAUGGCACGGGCGCACUGCUUUACUUGGCCGACCUAAUGAUAUUCCAGCAGCUCGAUGCUACCAUGCCAGAAAAGUUGCAGGCUAAGGACUUGUAGCUGCCCUACAAUAAAAGUCAAAGCUAAGAACUUGUUUGGUUUAUUACAUAAAAAUUUCUUCUUGUUGUUGGUCGACGACCUUUGACUACGGUUGCUUAUUACGACAUAUGAUAUUUUUUAUAUGUGAUAUUUCUUAGCUAUCCAAGACUCAAAUCUAUAAAACAUUGCUGUUCUACCAA